AUGGCGAUCGACGAGCUCAAAGUUUCUUGCAGGAGGCCUCAUAUUGUAGCGGUGGCUUACCUCACGCAGGGUCACAUUAAUCCUCUCAUUCACUUCUGCCUCAAGCUCGCUCACCACGGGAUCCUGGUAACGUUCGUGACGAUCCACGUGGACGGGCUUCUGGGAGUGGGGCAAAGGAAAGAUCCAGAGGUCCCAGAGCACUGGAAGAACAACUUUAACUUCGAGCGCCUCGAGCUGGAGCUCCCGAAAGAGGGUGUGAUGUCCCCGGGUGGAUUUGCUAAGAUCUUCGCGAUGAUCGAAGAGCUCGGAGGCCCUUUCGAGGAGCUGCUGUCAAAGCUCCACUCUCGAGAAGAGAUACCAAAGGUAAGUUGUAUCGUCUCCGACUGUAUGCUCGUGUUCACUCAGGUAGUCGCCAAAAAACUCGGCAUUCCGAGAGCUGGAUUUUGGACGACUUCGCUGGCUUCUCUCACGGUCGAUUAUCAUGUUCCACUUCUCCUGGAGAAUGGUGAUAUUCCAGUCACUGGAGAGAACUGGGAGAAGAUCAUAACUUAUGUCCCGGGACUGGCUCCUCUUCCGGCUUGGUCACUUCCGAUCAUGUACCACGAAGGGAAUAUCAUGACCACCACGGAUCCUGGAUACAAGCGGAAGAUCGCAAGGUGCGUGAUCUUGCGAGACGAUGCUUGGAUCAUAGCAAAUUCUUUCGAGAAACUCGAGCCGGCAGGAUUCCAGGCACUCCGGAAGGCCAUGAACCAGCGGUGCGUCGGCGUGGGGCCAUUGCUCCCCGACGAGUUCUUCGGCGAAAGAGGAGAUUAUGACGAGCAUCGCAAGGUGGUGGCUCCAGGUGUCGCAAGUUUCUGGAAACAAGACACCACUUGCCUUGAGUGGCUCGCUGGGAAAGCUCCAAACUCGGUACUGUACAUCUCGUUUGGAAGUGUCAUCAAGCUCACACUUCCAGAGUUUGAGGAACUCUCGAGAGGCCUGGAAUCGUCCAAGCAGGUACUCCUGUCACAUCUCCAUGUUGUCCAGAAAAAACGCAAUUUUGCAUCGAUUUUGUGCAGGCUUUUCUAUGGGCUUUUCGUCCAGGAUGUGUGGAAGGACUCGAGAUCGAGGACUUGGAAUCGUUCAAGGAGAGAACGAGCUCGACUGGACUGGUCAUAA